CCUCGCGAGUCGUGGGCAUGCUCAGAAUCUCCCUCCAGGCCCAUCCUCUGGAUUUCUUGGGAACGGCCGCUUUGACAUGCCUGACGAACCCUACAGGAGGUUUGCCGAACUUGCGAAGAGCUAUGGAUCCAUAUUCUCGUUUAGACUCGGGCAUACCCCAGUCAUAGUGGUGAAUAGUGCAAAGGUAGCCUGGGACCUCCUUGAGAAGCGUGGUGAAAUAUAUUCCAGUCGACCACGCAAUAUCAUGGGACAGGAGAUUAUGUCGCGAGAUAAUUGGGGGCUGGGGAUGGCAUACGGAGACAAAUGGAGACGUUGGCGAAAGUUCCAGCAUAUGUUCAUGAAUUCAAAAUACGCUCUCCAAUAUCGCCCUUUCCAGUCGUUUGAGUCUGCCGUAUUACUAAAGGAUCUGAUGGACAAUCCGAAUGGAUACAAGAAACAUUUCGAGAGGUUCUCAACAUCGUUGACCUUCUCGCUUGCCUAUGGCAAUCGCAUCAAAGACCUAAGCGACCCUCUGGUGAAAGAGAACAGAGUCGCAGGCAGUGCAUUUGCCAGUACAAUGGUGCCUGGGAAGUAUUUGGUCGAGUCGUGGCCUUCUCUUCUAUGGCUUCCGAAACCUCUUCAGUGGUUCAGGAAGCCCAUGGAGUUCCGCGGCGCACUCAAUACCGCGUUGUACACCCGUCUCCUCCAAGAUGUCAAGGUAAAGAUGGAGGCGGGUGCGGCACGUCCAUGUCUUUCCGCUCUGUUAUGGGAAUCUGGUCCGUCGUCAGGUCUCAGUGAAACAGAGAUGGCAUAUUUUACGGCCAUGCCGUUCGCUGCUGGGACAUCCACCACAUUCGGAUCUAUGGAAUUGUUUCUCAUGUCUGCUAUCCUUCACCCGCAAUGUGUCAAGAAAGCUCAAGCUGAGCUUGACGCUGUCGUCGGCCGGUCGCGUAUGCCAACUUUUGAUGAUGAAUCGUCACUUCUGUAUGUGCAAGCGAUGAUCAAGGAAUCCCUCAGAUGGCGAGUUGUCGCUCCCAUUGGUCUUGCACAUGCAACGACGGAAGAUGACGUGUACAUGGGUUACAAAAUCCCGAAAGGAUCGACUGUCUGGGGGAAUAUCAACACGAUCUCACAUGACCCCGAGCUCUUUGCGGAUCCCGAAACCUUCGAACCUGAACGCUUUCUGAAUGCGAAAGAUCCACGACUUGUCGACUUCAACCUUCCUUUCGGUUUUGGAAGACGUAUUUGCCCCGGGCAGGCCGUUGCAAUGCAGAGUCUAUUCAUCGUGAUAUCCCGAAUGCUGUGGGCGUUCGACUUCAAUCCCGCACUGGACGAAUCCGGAAAGUCUGUAUAUCCCGACCCAGAUACCUCGACAAGUAAUGUUACACGUAGACCUGUUGCGUUCAAAUGCGCAUUGAAACCGCGUACCGGUGAGGUGGCAGAGAUGGUGCGCGAAGAGGCGCAGAGGGCUGAGGAUUCGCUGACGGAAUGGCAGUGAGCGCGGAUAGGUUUUUGAUGUUCUGGCUGAUCCGCCACAUUGCCUUCCUGUCUUGAUCUUGGAUGUCUUCGUGUCUUGGAAGCAGUUUCGUUGGGAGAUGUGAUCAACAUCCUGUGAUGGAGUGCAUUGUCUUUUCUCGUGAGCGCC